CUUCAAUCUGGUCUAUUGGGAAGUUUCACCAAAAAUGGAUGCCACGCAGCUAACGGAACUGAUGAGCAGUCAUGACUUCAUGCAGUUGCAACACCAGUUGCACCACAACAACAAUAACUACAACACAGACGGACACAAUGGACUAUCCUCGGAGUCGGCGGAGGGGAGUUCGCGACCCAUUCGUCGCGCCACCAGACGCACCUCACAGUUAAGCAAUAACACCUACGACCUGGAGAUGACCGACUCCAGUUCGCAGAGCGAUGACACGAGUGGCGGUGGGGGCAGCAGCAAUGGAGGAGGCAGUGCCACCAACACUGGUCAUCCCUCUGGCGGUUCGCUGGGCAACCAGGGAUCCUCGAGUCGCGGACGCGUCCAGCAGGCCGGCUCAGGUGGCGGUGCCUCCUGCCCUUCGACCCUGGCCCCUAACAGCGCCAACUCCUCCUCCGCCGCCUCCAAUGCAAAUGCCAAUGCCAAUCGGCGGCGCAAGGGAGCUCUAAAUGCCAAGGAGCGGAAUAUGCGGCGCCUAGAGUCCAAUGAACGCGAACGCAUGCGGAUGCACAGCCUUAACGAUGCCUUCCAAUCGCUGCGAGAGGUCAUCCCGCACGUGGAGAUGGAACGGCGGCUGUCCAAGAUCGAAACGCUGACGCUGGCCAAGAACUACAUCAUCAAUCUGACCCACAUAAUACUCUCCAAGCGGAACGAGGAGGCGGCAGCCUUGGAGCUCAACUCGGGCGCGGUGGGCGGUGUGCUGCUCUCCAAUUUGACUGCGGAAAAUGGAGGUGGGUCAGCAAAUAAUACCAGUGCAGCUACGCUCUGCUUCGAGGACGCCCUGGCCAAUGGAGGAGCCUUCGACUGUGCCCUCCUGGCGGCCACCGAUACCGGCAGCCUGCUCAACGCCGCCGCAGUGACUGCCAGUCCAGCGAUGCAGAGCCUCCAGCCGCAGGCCAUCCACAUGCAGACGCCGCUGGAGCAGCAGCAGCAAUCCAGCCACCUCCCCCACCACCAGCAGGCGAUGCAUGGCCAUGGCCACCUGGGGGCCACCAUGAUGCAGUCGCAACAGCAGCAGCAGCAGCAGCAGCAGCAGCCCACGCUCAUACUCAAUGGCAACUCACCAGUGGGCGUGGGAGUUGGCAUAGGGGUUGGUGUGGGCGUGGGCGUGGGGGUGGGGGUUGGUGUGGGUGUGGGCAACAACACCUCCAGCUUCGCAGAUAUCAACGAUAAUUUCGACGAGCCAUUUCGAGAGUUCCUCUAA